AUGGUGAGGGGUAAAUAUCGGUUACUCCCUUCAGAGGCUUUGGCGCUUACCUACGACUACCCAGAUUGGAUGAAAAUCUCGGGAUACUACACAACUCUGACAGUUGACAUCCUAGAAGACGGUGAUGUGGAGCUCUUCAUGGCAGUGAGGAUGGACUUUGUGAACGUGACCAUGUGUGUCGCAAUCGUAACGAGGAUGUUGGGCGCUACAUGA